AUGGCGAACUCUCGGCUUUCGCUGAUAUCAAUAUCACCCCAGCAUGCUGCCAUGAUGGAUCGAUCACGACGAGACACCAGUGUCCUAUCGAUGGAUGACCUCGAGGCGGCGCAGGCCCUGGAGGGGCUACGCUCCGAUUUCGGACAAUCUCCUCGAGCAUCACGACAAUCCCUUCCCAUCGCUUCACCGGACCCACCACCAGAGCCACUCUUGUCUCUGCUUACAUCGUCUCACCCGCUCAUCUCCUCUGCCAUUAACGGCUCAGUCUCGGCCUAUGCCACCUCCAAAUCAUACUCACCGCGAUUUAAGUCUGGCGCGGAGUUCAUCGAGCGCAAUAUUGGGUCGCCCGUCGCAAACACCGUCGGCACGGUAGGUCGCAAGACGGGCGUGGAGAGCGGUCUACGUUGGGCGCUACAACGACGAGACUCGACAAACGAAGAUUCAAACCAAACCAACAAACGAAGGAAGAUGGACGGGAAUGUUUCUCCCAGGACAUUGGAUGUUGAGAAAGGACAGGAUGGCCCAGAUCAGCCAACGCGGGCACGGAGUCCCUCCGAUCUCUCUAUGGCCGAGUCGCUACCUCCCUACGAUGAAAUGAGGUCGCCUCACUACGAAGAGAAACCAGGACGACGUGGUGAACCGACAUGGCAAAGCAGACUGGUCAUUUCCACUUCAGGCCUUGGAGUCGCCAUGAGUGACGAAUCGCUACGAAGCUUGCAGUACUGCCUCACCUGGCUUCGAUGGGCUAACGGACGACUGGGCAAGUCCAUCGUCGCCCUCCAUGGUGCUGUCACCGAGUGGGAAAACCAAAAGGCUCGACAGCAGGACAUGUCCCAAGGGGACGUCGAGGCAGGAAACAGUCGCCAGGAAAAUGCGUCACUACUCAUCCAGCGCAUUCAAGCCGUCAAGGCAGACGUCCUCUCGACCUUGAAACAGGUCGUGGAUGUUGUCUCCAAAUAUGCUGGUGGUGCGCUGCCAGAGAAUGCCCGUCACCUGGUGCGCCGCCACUUGACCUCUCUCCCACACCGUUUCCAGGUGGCAUCUACAUCACACCCGCCUCCAGAUUCACCCGCUGCCUCAUCGGAUGCUACAAUUAGUGCGCACCGCAUUUUGGUUCUGGCCCAAGAAGGCUUGGACAUGAUGGCUCAAGUCAGCGGUGUGGUCAACGACACCUUGGUUAGUGCUGAGCACUGGUGCGAAAGACUAGGCCGAAAACGCCCGCAGAGCGGAACUUCCUCUAGUGUUCCAGAGAAGCAGGGCGAGUCUGCUCCCGACAGUCAGCCUUACGGAAUAGAUGCGAAACCGCCUAUUCUCCCGGAGAACGCCAUCCAGGAUGACGUUCAGAUGUCUGGGGUGGAGAAGACUUGA